CACCCCCUCUCCCCCCCGCAGGCUCUAAUUGCCUUUGCUCCAAUGGGCCAGCAGCACCUUCACCAGUUUCCUCUUCCAUUCACUCCAGCCAGGAGGGAAGAGGGAAAACAAAACUCUAAAAAUAACUGCCAGCAUCUUAAAAAAAAAAGCUUAGCUGCCCCCCCCCCCCCACCUCGCUCCCUCCCUUCUAGUCUCUCUCCUCCCCGCCCCCCUCCGCCCCUUUUGGGGCACAUGUCUGCUUCUUACAACACCGAGGCACAUGGUUCCAGUUAGGCACCGAACCCCAUCAGGACGGAGAGGAAAUCCACAUCUGUGGGACGCUCCGCACGGAACCACCUCCAGCGAGGGAGGCCGGGGGACUGCAGCACCGAGAUGAAGGGCUAGACCGAGGGCACGCUGCUCAUGCGACGGCCGGGAGCGCCUGCGAGCUGGAUCUGGUGGAGGAUGCUGCGGCAGGUGCUUCGCAGAGGGCUCCAGUCGUGCUGCCACAGGCUGGGCUUGUGCGUGAGCCGGCACCCGGUCUUUUUCCUCACCGUGCCCGCAGUCCUGACAAUCACCUUCGGCCUCAGCGCGCUCAACCGCUUCCAGCCCGAGGGCGACCUGGAGCGCCUGGUCGCUCCCAGCCACAGCCUGGCCAAGAUCGAGCGCAGCCUGGCCAGCAGCCUUUUCCCCCUGGACCAGUCCAAAAGCCAGCUCUAUUCGGACUUACACACCCCUGGGAGGUAUGGCAGGGUGAUCCUCCUCUCCCCACCCGGGGACAAUAUUUUGCUCCAGGCUGAGGGGAUCCUGCAGACCCACCGAGCCGUGCUGGAAAUGAAGGUGAACCACAAGGGCUAUAAUUAUACUUUUUCCCAUCUGUGUGUGUUGAAAAAUCAGGAUAAGAAAUGCGUGCUGGAUGAUAUUAUUUCAGUGCUAGAGGAUCUCAGGCAGGCUGCCGUCUCCAAUAAGACAACAGCCAGGGUGCAAGUGAGGUAUCCCAGCACUAAAUUAAAGGAUGGGAGGAACAGUUUUAUUGGACACCAACUGGGCGGGGUAGUGGAAGUGCCAAACAGCAAGGACCAACGGGUCAAGUCAGCCAGAGCCAUUCAAAUCACCUACUACCUCCAGACCUAUGGUUCUGCCACCCAAGACCUCAUAGGGGAGAAGUGGGAGAAUGAGUUCUGUAAGCUUAUGAGGAAGCUCCAGGAGGAGCACCAGGACUUCCAGCUCUACUCUUUAGCAUCCUUUAGCCUCUGGAGAGACUUUCAUAAGACCAGCAUCCUGGCCAGGAGCAAGGUCCUGGUGAGCCUUGUGCUGAUCCUGACCACAGCCACCCUCUCCAGCUCCAUGAAGGACUGUUUGCGCAGCAAGCCCUUCCUGGGCCUCCUGGGGGUGCUCACAGUGUGCAUCUCCAUCAUCACGGCAGCAGGGAUCUUCUUCAUCACCGAUGGAAAGUACAACUCCACCCUGCUUGGAAUUCCAUUCUUCGCCAUGGGUCAUGGAACUAAAGGAGUGUUUGAGCUUCUGUCCGGAUGGCGCAGAACGAGAGAGAAUUUACCCUUCAAAGACAGGGUUGCAGAUGCCUAUUCUGAUGUGAUGGUCACCUAUACCAUGACCAGCUCCUUGUACUUCAUUACCUUUGGCAUGGGUGCCAGCCCAUUCACAAACAUAGAGGCUGUGAAGGUCUUCUGUCAGAACAUGUGUGUCUCCAUUCUGUUGAACUACUUCUACAUUUUCUCAUUCUUUGGCUCCUGUCUGGUCUUCGCGGGCCAACUAGAGCAAAACCGCUACCACAGCAUCUUUUGCUGUAAGAUCCCCUCCGCGGAAUACCUGGACCGCAAACCUGUGUGGUUCCAGACAGUGAUGAGUGACGGGCGUCAACAGACAUCCCAUCAUGAGACGAACCCCUACCAGCACCAUUUUAUUCAGCACUUCCUACGCGAACAUUACAACGAAUGGAUUACCAAUAUCUACGUGAAGCCGUUUGUCGUCAUCCUCUAUCUCAUUUAUGCCUCCUUCUCCUUCAUGGGGUGCUUGCAGAUCAGCGACAGGGCCAACAUCAUCAAUCUACUAGCCAGUGAUUCUCCGAGUGUUUCCUACGCCAUGGUUCAGCAGAAAUAUUUCAGCAACUACAGCCCGGUGAUAGGAUUCUACAUCUACGAGCCACUGGAGUACUGGAACAGCAGCGUCCAGGAGGAUCUGAGGAGGCUCUGUAGUGGGUUCACUGCAGUGUCCUGGGUGGAGCAGUAUUACCAGUUCCUGAAAGUUAGCAACAUCAGUGCCAGUAACAAGAGUGACUUUAUCAGUGUCCUACAAAGUUCAUUUUUAAAAAAGCCAGAAUUCCAGCAUUUUCGAAACGAUAUCAUCUUCUCCAAAGCCGGGGAUGAAAACAAUAUUAUCGCUUCUCGCUUGUAUCUGGUGGCCAGGACUAGCAGAGACAAGCAGAAGGAAGUCAUAGAAGUGUUGGAAAAAUUGAGGCCCCUGUCCCUGUCAAAGAGCAUCCGAUUCAUCGUGUUCAACCCCUCCUUUGUGUUCACGGAUCAUUAUGGCUUGUCUGUCACGGUGCCUGUUCUGAUUGCAGGCUUUGGUGUCCUCCUGGUGUUAAUCCUGACUUUCUUCCUAGUGAUCCACCCUCUGGGAAACUUCUGGCUCAUUCUUAGUGUCACCUCAAUUGAGCUGGGCGUUCUGGGCUUAAUGACGCUAUGGAACGUCGACAUGGAUUGCAUUUCUAUCUUGUGCCUUAUCUACACUUUAAAUUUUGCCAUUGACCACUGUGCACCACUGCUUUACACAUUUGUACUAGCAACUGAGCACACCCGAACACAAUGUAUAAAAAGCUCCCUACAAGAGCAUGGGACAGCCAUUUUGCAAAAUGUUACUUCUUUUCUUAUUGGGUUGGUCCCCCUCCUAUUUGUGCCUUCAAACCUGACCUUCACACUGUUCAAAUGCUUGCUGCUCACUGGGGGUUGCACACUUCUGCACUGUUUUGUUAUCUUACCCGUGUUCCUAACCUUUUUCCCCCCUUCCAAAAAGCACCACAAGAAAAAGAAACGUGCCAAACGGAAGGAGAGAGAGGAAAUUGAAUGCAUAGAGAUUCAAGAGAACCCUGAUCAUGUCACUACAGUCUGAAGGGUGUAGACAAAUGGAUUAUUUUUCUUUUCCAGUAUUGCACAAUGAUGCAGGGAGAGUAAAGCUCACUCCUCAGCUGCUUGGGCUGGCCAGGGGUAACAAGGAAAGUCAGAUCAAGAGUGAAUUGUUCAUGACACAUCAAGGUGUCCACUUCCUGGGGGGAAGAGAGAAUCAAAGAAGAGGGAAAUGUUCUUUACAACUUUGUUCUCCACUAAAGAUAAGUUUGGGGAUGUGAUCUUAGAGCUCUUCCAAGGAAUGGACGAAUGAAUGAAGCAUUGGAAGGCCAAAAGAUCUCACUGCUUUUAAAAAUAAAAUGCUUAAGAAAGAU